AUGGCGCGUGUCUACCCCAUUUUCGGCCCCGGCGCAGGGCACGGGGCGGAUGCGGGAGAGCUGCACGCAGAAGAUAUGCAGGCACGGCAGGCGCGGGGUGUACAGGCGCGCGUCGCGGACCUCAAGCAGACGCUGCUUCUCGCACGCGAGGUCGCGCAGACGCCAACACCGUCCCAGCCCAUCGUGCGUGCCGUGCGCGGAACAGGUGGCGGCGCGGUGCACCCAUUUUUCGCGAAACGCAAAGGGACGAGUGGGUGUGCUGCCCCGACUCUUGGCCAUAAACCAGUAGAAGCCGCUGCACCUGCGCCAUGGCCAGACGCGCGAACUUUGCACGUCACGCCGCCCACUGAUGCUGUAUCGCUCCCUCUCACCCUCCCGCACGGCUGGCGCAGACGUACGCAGCGCCAGCCGUGCACGCCACCGCCCCCGUCAGCAUUUCCGUACUUGGCGCCGCACGCCGCAGAGACGGCGCCGCGCGUCGAAGCCGAGGCUGCGCUUUGCCACGCCGAUACCCAAGCGCAUGCCGAGCUGCGCAAUCCAUACGACUACAUUGCCGCGGAUAUCGCCGCGGCGACGCGCACCGCAGCCAUGCCCCCUGCGCUCCACGCCCUCCAAGGCGAGCUACUCGCGAUGGGGCCGCACAAGCUCCAUACACGCCCGCCCUCCUCGACGUGUACAUUGCCGUGGUCCAACGCAGCUCGUCCAACGCGCGCUGAGCACGUCCUUGGCAACGAAGCGUCAGCGUGCUACUUGCGUGACUGGCUCGAAGCGCAUCGCGUGUCGUAUACAGACGGCCGCAAGCGCCCUGCCAGCCGUGUGCCUCGCAAACGCGGCCGUCGGCGCAUGUACGAAGACGGGAUGGACUCGGACGAGGGUGAAUGGCCUGGCCAAUGUUGCCCCCCCGCCGCUGCGCGCACGACCAAUUGCAUCUUGCUCCAAGGGCCUACCGGUGUCGGCAAGUCUGCCGCCGUGCACGCGUGUGCGCACGAGCUUGGCUUUGCCGUGUUUGAAAUGUACCCGGGCAUGGGGCGCCGGAGCGGCAAAGAGCUUCUCGCUGCCGUAGGCCAGCUUGGGCGGAACCAUCUGGUGGGCGCACACGAGCAGCAAGCGGCGCCGCGCCAGUGUGUCAUUCUCCUGGACGAGAUCGACGUGCUCUUUGACGACGACGCAGGUUUCUGGCCCGCUGUUGUCGAGCUUGUCGCAGACUCGCAGCGCCCCGUGAUUCUCACAUGCACAGACGCAAGCAGAGUACCGACGCACGAGCUGCGCAUCCAAAAGGUGCUUGCAUGGCACGCGCCGCCCCUCGAUAUCGGUGCCGCGUAUCUGCAGCUGCUUGCGUUGAGGCACGGACUUGUUGUGUCGCGCGAAAGUAUGCGUACACUCUACCGCGAUACCCUCCCUGCGCCGCCAGACGCUGGCAGCGGUGCAUUGCAUCCACAGACGCAUCUAUACCCACUAGAGCGAACGUACCAAGCGCUCGAUACGCCCGCUUUUGAUCUGCGCGCCGCGAUUACACAGCUGCAGUGGAUAUGCUUGGACACACGCGCACGUACCUUGCACCGGCGCGCCAAACACGCCGACGCGCGCGUCGCUGCGUUCUCUAUGCGGGGCCCGCCGGCGCUCCAGCGCCUCGGCGCAUUGCAGGCCAUGGCAGACGCACGCUCGUGUGCAGACGCACUCGACGUCGAGUACAACGAGGCAGCGCCGCUCGAUACGCUGCCUGCGUGGCACCGCGCGCAUAUUUCUCCUAUUCCCAGCGCCCAAUGCAGGCCGUAUACGGCACAUGGGGGGCAUGCGAAAGCGAUGGCCUCGUCGCUGGAACGAGGUGGAAUGGAUGCUUGGAUCUGGUGUACGCAGAUGCCAUGGUACACAGACAAGCUCGAUAAUGCGUUGCUCUUUUCUAUGCCAUCCAUCGAUCCCGCGCGUGCGUUGCAGACGCGUGCGCUAAACGUGCUCUUGGCGCUCGUGCACCUUUUGCCGUCCGAGCAGCUGCCGCGGCCGGCUGUUGCGUGUGAGUAUGCGCCGUAUGUGCGAGCGAUAAUGCGUGUCGAGCGCGCGAAACAGGCUGCGUGGGCACAGUAUUUGCAUGCGGCGCCGCAUGCUGUGCGGUCAACACGCAAUUCUGCGCAUGUACUGCUGGAUUCGUUGGGCGCUACACGGCAGUGGAUUCCGUUCGGGCCGAAUGAGUGUGCUGCAGGAGAGUAUACGAGUUUUCGUGGGGAAUGA